AUGCUCCCCUUCCUCGUAGCAAGCUUCCUCAAGAACCGGAUCCUGAACAAAACCUUCUUCGUCUGCAUCUUCACCCUCAUCUCCCUGAUUAUUUACCUCUUCGUGCUCCUCGGCUGCAUAAGCACAGGCGCUGGCAUCGAGAGUCUGUAUUGGGUUAUGAUAUCGCAGAAUGGGACUGCUGGACAGCCACCCGUUGCAGUGCGGAUAGGGUAUUUCGGCCUCUGCGCAUCCUUCCCACCGAACGACACAGUGCCCAGCGAUAGCCCCACACCAGCGCCUUUGGAAUGCUUCCCAGGCGACACACCACCAGGUCUUUCCAGCAUACCAAUGUCGCACCCUGUUCUUGCUUCGGCCCUGGCACUCCAGAAAUCCUCUUUAUAUCCUCUUCCCGCGAUCGCCUCAUCACUCUUCCUUAUCUCUUUGAUCUACUAUUCCAUCUUCCGCGAACGAGGCGGCCGGAACGAGAAGGCUUCGAAGUUUCUUCUCGGGGUUAGUGCGGCGUUGGGCGUUGCGGGCGCGCUGUGUGCGAUGUCUAGUGCGAAGGCGUUGCAUGAGAUAGGAAUUUUGUUGGGACAUCAUGCGGUUGGUGGUGGAGAGGGCGAAGUGAACAUCGAAGCUGGCAGCUGGGAGGGUGCGGGGUUGUGUAUUGCGGCUGGUAUUCACUUUGUUAUUGUGGUAUAUGCAGCGUGUGGGAUGCCGGGGUUUAGUCUGGUUUCGGGGAUGGGAUAUAUAGGGAAGAGGUUUUUGUAG